AUGGUUAUUGUGCACGUUGAUGAAAAGGAUUUUGGUUUAUCGAGGGAAACGAUGUUAAGCACCGCGAAGCCGUUGGGAGGCAGUAUCAUUGCUGAUCAGUUCGCGCAGUCGCCAACGCUAAGCAAGGGCGUUGUUUCGUUGAUGACUGGCGAGGUUGAUGAAGCAUUAUCGGAAGAAGGCGAGGGAAAUGGGGAAAGCAGUGAAGACAAAGACGGUUCCGGGAGCUCCUCAUCGGCUGUCGCAGAAGGAGGUGUUAAGCGAAAAUACGAAGAAUGUGAUGAGGCGCAGAGCAAGAAGCGAUUGUUGGAGGGUGAAAAUGAAGGGGAUAAGUCAUCCCCGUCGUCCUCGUCGCCAUCGCCGUCGAACAGUGCAGAAUCGAAAUCAAGCGACGAAGAUGACGAUAUGGCUGCUGCUGUAGAACGCCAGUUUUUCGCGUUGUAG